CCACGUUGGCUUCCCACUGUCAAUAUGCUACCUUCGCUCGUUGAAUUGCAUCUGUCCUCUUGUAGACUUUCCGUUCUUCCUCUCACCCUUCCUUCCAUGAAUUUCGCAUCCCUUUUGAUUCUCGAUCUCUCAAACAAUGAUUUCAACUCCACAUUACCUCCCUGGUUGUUCAAUCUGACUAAACUAGUCACCCUUGAAAUGCACUCAACCAAUCUCCACGGAGCACUUCCAGAAACAUUUGGUAGUUUGACAUCUCUUCGGACGCUUGAUUUGUCGGAAAACUCAAACAUUGUAGGACCGUUGCCAAGAAGCUUGGGAAUGCUAUGCAACUUGCAGACGGUGAAUCUUCCCACCAACAAAUUUACUGGCGAGAUUACUGAUUUCGUUGAUAGUUUGUCUGCAUGCAGAAACAGCAGCUUAGAGAGGCUGGAUUUGGGAUAUAACAACCUGACAGGAAAUCUGCCGGAUUCUUUGGGAAAUCUUAAAACCUUAAGAAUCCUCAAAUUGUGGUUUAAUUCAUUUCAGGGCUCAAUCCCAAAAUCUAUUGGCAAGCUGAAAUCUUUGGAGGAGUUCUACAUUUCAAAUAAUCAAAUGAGUGGGAGCAUCCCUGAAGGUCUUGGGCAGCUCUCAUCGCUGACUGCACUAGAUAUCUCGGAAAACACAUGGGAAGGUUCGAUUACCGAAGCUCAUUUCAUGAAACUUGGAAGCCUUACAGAUGUUUCAAUAUAUAACAAUAACCCAAACAUUUCCUUAGUUUUCGACAUUAGUUCCGAUUGGAUACCUCCCUUUAAGCUGAGAUACUUGAACAUUAGGUCAUGCCAACUAGGUCCUAAAUUUCCUACAUGGCUCAGAAAUCAGACCGAGCUGGUCACUCUGGUACUCAACAAUGCUAGGAUUUCGGAUACCAUACCGGAGUGGUUUUGGCAGUUGGAUUUCCAAUUAGAUAAACUAGAUGUCGCUUAUAAUCAGCUAAGCGGCAGGGUGCCUAACUCAUUACGAUUUAUCAGUCCUGGCACCGUUGAUUUGAGUACAAACCGCUUCGAGGGCCCCCUCCCACUCUGGUCAUCAAACAUUACCAUGUUGUAUCUUAGAGAUAAUCUGUUUUCUGGGCCAAUUCCUCGUGACAUUAGUGAAGUAAUGCCCUCUCUGACGGAUCUAGACAUUUCUCAGAACUCUUUGAAUGGAAGCAUUCCCCUGUCCAUGGGUAAUCUAAGCCAAUUAUCAACCAUGGUUAUCUCAAAUAACCUGUUGUCUGGUGAGAUUCCUAACUUUUGGGAUAGUAUACCAUCAUUGUACAUCCUAGAUGUGUCGAAUAACAGUCUUUCAGGUUCAAUCCCACCAUCCUUAACUUCUCUAACUAUACUGAGAUUCUUGAUACUCUCUAGCAACCACCUUUCGGGCAAACUUCCUUCCAUGAAAAACUUCACUGACAUGAAGAGUCUUGAUCUUGGUGAGAACAAUUUCUCUGGAGCUAUUCCAGCUUCCAUUGGAGAAAGCAUGCCCUCUUUGUUGAUUUUGCGUCUGAGGCUCAACUGGUUUAGCGGAAGCAUCCCUUCGCAGUUAUGUGGUCUUUCCAAUCUCCACAUAUUGGACCUCUCACACAACAAUAUCUCUGGAAAUGUUCCCCGCUGCAUAGGUAACUUAACUGGCUUCAGAUCCGAUCUCACAAAUAAGGAUACAGAAGAUUAUCUUUACCAGGGAAAAUUGAAGGUAGUGGCAAAAGGAAGGUUCCUCGAAUAUAACUCCAUCCUUUACCUUUUCAAUAGUGUUGAUCUCUCAGACAACAACUUGUCAGGAGAGAUGCCUGUGGGGCUAACAAGCCUUACAAGGUUAGGCACCUUGAAUCUGUCCAUGAAUCAUUUGACAGGAAAUAUCCCAGCGAAGAUCGGAGACUUGGAGCAGAUAGAAACUCUGGACCUAUCGAGCAACAAACUUUCGGGUCCAAUUCCACAGAGCAUGGUUUUUUUAACAUUUUUGAGUCAUCUCAACUUGUCGUACAACAACUUAUCCGGGAAAAUCCCAACAAGCAACCAGUUUGAAACCUUCGAUGCAUCCAUUUAUGAAGGCAAUGCCGGUCUCUGCGGGCUUCCAUUACCAACCGAUUGCCAAGGCGACAAGGAAACACCUCCGGUUCCAAGUGCAGAUGGGGAGGAUGAUGACAGUAAGUCUGAUAGGCUAUGGUUCAUCUUCAGCGUGGUGAUAGGUUUCUGUUUCGGGUUCUGGGGAGUUUUUGGGACUUUGGCCGUCAAGAAGUCUUGGAGAUAUGCCUACUUUUGCUUCGUUGACAAGGUGAAGUAUGCUGUGCUUGAUUUUUUCUCAGCCAUUGCUACUUAUCUGCAGAAAAGAUCAUAG